AUGGAUUCCUCAGAUAAUCCUUUUGCUUCACUAGUUAAGAAUUCACCAGUUGGAUUAGAACCAGCAAUCCUUGGGGCUUGUGAAACGGAAGUUACUAAAAUCCUAGAAAACAUACUGCUGGUUACACAUGAUAGAGACCUGACUCUUGGCGAGUCUGGUAGACCCAGUCAUCUACUAUGUAUGCAGACGUUUCACGAUAGGAAUAUCCAAAUAUCCGUCGAUACAUUGGAUGAACUUAUUUUUGACCGCACACAAAUUCAGGGUUUUAACGACUAUGAUGUUAUUAGCCUGAGUUCAGGGGUCGCUACGGAUUUAAGCGAUGUCCUGGCCCCCAACCCAAUGGUCUAUCUGGUUUCUUCAUUUCACCGCGCAUGUUCACUGAAGCACAGUCCAGCACUUUCACAGGUUGUCAAGGAUUGCCAAAAAAGUAUUGUGAGGCAAAUUGUGCUUCUACUGCUUGUGGAUGCUGAAUCUGAUAAUCCGGAGAGCAGCAUUAGCCUAUUCGAUAUUAUCUAUCAAGCCCUUUGUACAGAUAACUGUGAUCAAAAUUCGUAUGUUCAAACUAUGUUUGAUGAAGUUCUUAACCAUUUGGAGUCGGAAUCCUUGUCAGAUGUAAGCGUAGUAGAAUCCUGUCCUGCUUCUGCAUUGAAUAGCUUACGUCCAUUGGUCAAUCGCCUACUGACUCAGUUAAGAAAUAUUUAUUAUCCCCCUGUGCGGUCACCAACAGUACCGGACAGCUUUUUAAGUAAACAAUUGGUUGGCGCCAAGGAACGAGUUUUAUUCUCUCCUCAACGUCGACCUCUGAUGGUCAUGACAAUCUGGUUGUCUCGAUAUUCAGUCACUGCCCAGCUGCUUAUCGAGGCAUCAUUUCCUAAAAACUUUUCAAAUGGUUCAUUCAGACCAGAAGAAUUUGAGGGUGGUUUAUUGGGUCGACUGUUAGUUCCUAGUCACUUGCAUUCACCUCAACCAGCAGAAACAAUAUUUUUAACUGAUCAACCUCCUAUCGGUGAAUUUUUCACUGCAGAAGUGCCUUUGAAACCAGUUGUAGAAUCUGAACAGCGUACAAUAUGGCAAUUGACUGAACAAAUGGAUUUAGAAUUAAACACCUUAUUCACUAAUUUACUCAGAGUUGGUAAACGUCGUCCGUAUGUAAAAAGAUUGUUGUUCAAGUGGUUUGGAGCAUGCAUUCACGCUAAUAGAGCUCGGGGUCAAUUGGUACAUUCAAUGAUGAAUCAUGAUUUCGUAAGUCGAUCAAAUACAUCAGAUUUAGCUGGUGAUGGAUUUCUUAGCAAUUUGACAGCUGUCUUAGUUCGUCUUACUGGACCACUAGUCACACUGCCAGAUAAACCACCAUUAGAUAAAAUUUGGCCAAAAUAUGCUAAAGAUUCCUGUCCAGAAAGAACAGUGUUACCAGAGUUACGUGCAGAAACACGUCUUGCUCCUGUUUCAUCUCACAGUCUAAUUUUGAAUUCAACAAAUUCUGAUAAAUCAGAAAAUAAUUUACUGGUAGAAGAUGAUUAUCCCUUAUUGACUGAAUUAUUUUUUAUUGCACAUGCUGCUAUACGAAUUGGAUGGACUCCGUUAAUUGCCAGACAUUUUGAAACAGGUCAACAGUUACAUCGACUAGAAGAUCAGUUGCAGCCUCAUGAAUCCGACAAUUCUAAUGAUUCCCAAGUAUACUUCUUACGCCGUUUUAUGCGUGAGCGUACUGCACGAUACUUGGAACAGUCCACCAGUUUGUCAUGUUUAACUCGUCUAAAAGAUCAAUUGUCAUUUGCUGUAACCACUUGUCGGUUUCUUGUUAAAUUGGCUCAUUCUAUGCUGAAUAACGAUAAUAUGAAUACCUCAUUAUCAUCAACUACCUCGAAUUCAACAUCUUCUACUUGUUAUGGAUGUCUUUCUGAUUUACCAGAAUAUUUAGUUGAUAAUAUAGUUGAACUUAUCAGUUAUUUAAGACGUGCCAAAGAUGAAUUUCUUGAAUCUGUUGAAGUGCUGUCUAUCCCAUUGGAACCACUUUUAGAAUUCAGUGUUGUAUUUAUGAAUCAUACAAGAUUGCUGACUAACCCACAUUUAAGAGCUCGAUUAGCUGAAGUUCUUGAAUCUUUAAUACCUCAACGUGAUGAUGAAGCCUGGAAUACAAAUUCUGGUUCAGGAUUAUUAGGAUCGUUUCAUUCAUCUUUCCAUAGACGUGAACAAUUAAUGAAUCGUGAUCCAGAAAUAAUUGAUGAUCCUGUGUUAGGAAAUACUGUUAGAGCAUUACUCACUGCAUUUGUAUCUAUUGAAUUAUCACCUGGCACUGGAGUUGUUGGUAGUGCUGGUAGCGCAGCUGAUACAGUUAUAGCUGCAUCGUCUACAUCACAGAAUUCUUCAUCUCGUCAUAAUAAUUCACAAGUGAAUAAUACUGAAAAUCAACAUUUCAGCGAUAUUGGCGCUGGGGUUAGUAAUGAUAAUGAUGAUGGUAAUGGAGGCGGAGGAACACAAGCUACAGAUACUCAGGCUGCAUCUGUUGGAUUCGAAGAAAAGUUUCACUAUAGACGACCAAUGUACGCUUGCCUAAGAUAUUGGCAUGGUAAACCAUUGUAUGAUGUACAGUUUAAGCGGUUGGAAAGUGAAGCUUUAGAACACAUUGACGAUGCAAAUCCUCCCUUAUUUCUACAAUUUCUCUCCCUUUUGGUAAAUGAUGCUAUCUUCCUGUUAGAUGAAGCGCUUAGCUUAUUAGCUCAACUAAAACAAACUGAACGAGAAAGAGAUAAAUGCGGUGGUAGACUAUCGUCUUCUUCAGAGGAAGCGUUAUUUGCGCAUACAGGUCGAUUGGCACGACAUCAUAUAAUGCUUGGAUUGGAUACAAUAGCUGCACUACGUCGAGUGAUAACUUUAUGCUCACAAUUAAUUACGCAUCCAAUAUUAGUGGAUAGAGUAGCUUGCAUGUUGAAUUACUUUUUGACAAGGCUUGUGGGACCAAAACAACGUGAUUUGACCGUACGCGAUAAAGCUGCUUAUGGUUUUAAACCAGAUAUAAUGGUAUUAGAGAUAUGUGGAAUAUAUCAGACAUUGGCAAGGGGUUCUGAUUCAUUCAGUGUUGAAUCGGUAAAAUCUGACACUUUAUCGCCAUCGUCUGAAGCAUUUCGUCGUGCUGUUGUCAGUGAUGAAAGAUCAUUUACUCCAGAUUUAUUGGAUCAAGCUUGUCGUGUAUUGGAUCGAAUCGCAGCGCCUAUAGAUAUGUGUAAUAAAUUCGCUGAAGCUGUUCGUCUAAUCAAGGCUGAAAAUGUAAUAAAAACUGAAGAGGAAUUAGAUAUAGACGAUGCACCCGAUGAUUAUGUUGAUCCUAUCAUGGGUUAUAUAAUGGAAGAUCCUGUGAAAUUGCCUACUUCUGGUCAUAUAGUUGAUCGUAAAACAAUCUAUCGUCAUUUAUUAAAUGAUUCAACUGAUCCUUUUAAUCGUCAACCAUUGGCAAUGUCUCAAGUAGAACCACAAGAAAAUUUACGAUCAAGUAUUCGUGCAUGGAUUAGUGAACGACGUACACUUAGAUUUCAGAAUAAAACUCAGGCUGAACCGAAAUCAUGA